UUUUUCUUAACUAUUAUCUUAUCAAAUACACACAAUGUGACAAAAUGUUUAAUUUAUUUGAUGGUAUACAUAUGUAUGUAUCUAUCUAUCUAUCUUAUAUAGAUAGGUAGAUAGGUAGGUAGGUAAAUGUGAAUGUGAAUGUGAAAACAAUGAUUAGACUGAAUUAAUAGUGAGUGUCUUUUAUUCAUUUUCAUCACUCUUGUUCUUUUUUUAUUCUUCUUCUUCUUAUUAUUAUUGAAUGUUAACGUAUACAAUUUGGUGUUUCUAAUUAAUCAAUCAAUAUUAUGGAAUAUCUUGAACAAUUUACAGUGAUUGAUAAAAAUAGAGAUGGGAUCAUUUCAAGAAGGGAUUUAUUUAAAUAUGCAUUAAGUAUUGGUGAAGAUUUGUCUAUGGUUGAUAGAUGGUUAAGACUUUUUGAUACAAAUGAUAAAGGUAUAAUCACAAUUGAAGAUGUCAGUCGUACUCUGGGUGUACCACCUCCAAAAUUUUAUGAUGAAAGAUAUAAUAGACGACUUAAUGGAAAAUUUGAAUCAUCCAAUGAUGUUUUUCAUCAAGCUGCAGCAAAAUUUCGUUCAACUGAAGAUAUUACACGUUAUUCACAAUCAUCAUUAACAUCAACAGAAAAUUUAUCAAUAUAUAAACGUAGUUAUUCUACGGAUAAUGUACCAUCAGAUUAUCAUAAUUUAACAGUUAAUAAUUCAUGGCAAUUAAAUGAUGAACCAUUAUUUAUAGAAUAUUCAUAUGAAAAAAUUAAAGAGAAAUUAAAUCAAUUAAUUGAAAUAGCUAUUAAAAAACAAAUUGAUAUUCAAACAAUACCACAAUUUAUAGCUAUAGCAUUAGAAAAAGAAUAUGGUCGUAAUUGGCAUGUAAUUGUUGGUCCAUAUAAAGCUGGUUGUGCUGUAACACAUUUAAUUGGACGAUUCUCUAAUGCUCAAUAUGCAUCAUAUCAUGUGAUUGCAUUUCAAACAUUGGAUUUGUAAAUUGUCUACCUUCGUUUGUUCGUUCGUUCGUUCGUUCGUUCGUUCGUUCGUUCGUUCGUUCCUUCGUUCCUUCCUUCCUUCCUUCGUUCGUUCGUUCGUUCGUUCGUUCGUUCGUUCGUUCGUUCGUUCGUUCGUUCGUUCGUUCGUUUGUUCGUUCGUUCGUUCGUUCGUUCCUUCCUUCCUUCGUUCGUUCGUUCGUUCCUUCCUUCCUUCCUUCCUUCCUCCCUUCCUUCCUUCCUUCGCUCCUUCGUUUCUUCGUUCCUUCGUUCCUACUUUCUUUGUUUGUUUCUUUCUUUCAUUUGUUAUUGUUGCCACCUUUUAUAUCUUACAAUUUAAUUGUUCAUUAUAUAUUAUAGGUAAUAUAGAAUUUGUGUACCUACCACUAGUAUGCUUUCUUUAUUAUUUAUAUUGCAAUAUGACAAAUUAGCUAAUGUUAUAUAUGGAUUAUAUAUUCUUUCGAAUAACACUAAACUUGAAUGUUAGCAUAGAGAACUAUGGAAAACUGUUGUACAAGUGUUGAAAUAAAUUUCUUUUU